GCUGGCGCUUACGAGGUCGUUAUCGUCAGCUUAGUUUCUGGUUUGUGUUCUUCUGUUUCAUCAUCAGUUGAAGAUGUCUGGUCGUGGCAAGCAGGGCGGCAAAGCUCGCGCAAAAGCGAAGUCCCGCUCGUCUCGCGCGGGCCUGCAGUUCCCGGUGGGCAGAGUGCACCGUCUUCUCCGCAAGGGCAACUACUCGGAGCGGGUGGGCGCCGGCGCCCCGGUGUACCUGGCGGCCGUGCUGGAGUACCUGACGGCCGAGAUCCUGGAGCUGGCUGGCAACGCGGCCCGCGACAACAAGAAAACACGAAUCAUCCCGCGCCACCUGCAGUUGGCCAUCCGCAACGACGAGGAGCUCAACAAGCUGCUGGGCCGCGUGACCAUCGCGCAGGGCGGCGUCCUGCCCAACAUCCAGGCGGUGCUGCUGCCCAAGAAGACCGAGAGCCACCAUAAGGCCAAGGGCAAGUGAGGCCCUCCUGGUCGUUAGUGCUACUUAACGGACACCAAAGGCUCUUUUCAGAGCCACCCACAGCCUCAAAGAAAGAGCUGUACACUGAACCUGUCGCCAGGUACUGGCCAGGGUCGGGAAUCCCGAUUCCUUCCACGGGUUCGAGCAUCUGCGCCUGGGGCGUUCCGGCUGAGGCCAACGGCUUCCAUCUGCAGUUGGCCUGAGCUUGGUUCGGAGGCACUGGCGGUUUGUCCCCACCACUGUCCCGUGUUAGGCACUCGGUUUCCGUUAAGGUUCGUGUUUAAGGGAAUGCUUGGUUCUGUAGGACUUAGCAUAAGGCUCUCAUAGGCAAGUGCUGGUGUUUUACUGAAACGGAGCGAAUUGAAACGCUUACAGUUACACCCAAGACAUUCGAGUUAGGAUCUAACCAGGUUUAGAUUUCCAAAAGUGUCUGAGGGGAGGUAUUUCAAAUUUACUUGUUCAUAGACGUGUGUGUGUGUGUGUGUGUGACGACAACUCAAAGUUUUCUGGUUUCUUUUGUGGGAGACUGGGAGCGACUCAACAGUGCUGCUCCAGCCUGCUUACAGUGGUAGAUUACAGAUGGGCAUGGUCCUGCAGGCGUUUGGAAUUGGCCAAACAAUCGGAUGCACUUAAGUAGCUUAAUCUUGAGGAACAAAAUAAUUGGUCGGUUUUGGUAAAACUAGGUUUGAGUACAGCAAUGUUUUCUAAUAAAUUUAAAGGAAAGCAUUAUUAGCGUCAUAUUAAGUAAAAUGUGAGUUUUUAGAGAGAAUUGUGCCUUCCACAGGCAGUAUAAAGAAUGGCUGGAGAGUUCCAGAUCAAAUAAACGAGAACAGGCACAUUAAUCACUACCAGUGGGAAAGAGAGAGUUGAGGGGGAUUAAAUGAGUUCUAAUACUUAAAAAACGCCAGAGUCAGAAGUGUGUCCCCUUUCCUGUUAACUAUGCUAUCCUCUUUUUAAAUUUUAACAAUACAGGACAGCAAGACAAUUAUGUAAUUAUUACAUAAAUUAUAUAUACCCUAUCAAAACUGGGUCUAUUCAAGCCUGGGCUCCUCAGACACCAUCUGUAAUUACAAAUCUAUUUAUAAAAUAUCAACGUCUUAAAAAGCUAUUUGCCAAAGAAUAAGCAAUUUCCUUAACUGUAAGUCUCGAACACGAAAUAGACACAAAAACUGCAUACAGAUUAUACAGUCUGCUAAUGAGUGUCCUCAGUAAAACAAGUCCAAGGGUUGGACCUCAAGAUCUCCCCCGUUUAGCUUUAGUUUGUAUGUAUUCAUAGAUCUGUGUAGUUCCUUAAUCUCUUGAGUGGCAAUUCAACUCUCUAGGAGUUGGGUGGAACUAUUUAAUGGUGUUUGGGAGGCACUGUGGAAGGAGAUGUACUGGAAUAGCUUCUCAUCUACCUCUAAGGCUCCUGUCAAAUGGACAACCACCACCCAAAAGGAAUAUUUCAUUUUCCGUUAGGUAAAAGGUAAUACAAAGAUGUAGCUUGUCUACCUCUCAGGGUUAUGUGGCCAGUGAAUAACUAAAGAGCACAAAUUCUGAAUGUGUUUACAAUAUUACAGAAAGUUGCACUGAAACAGUUCUGACCUACGAUCUGGUCAUCUGGAUUACCAUUUCCAGAAAUGUGAAGUGCCUGCCAGUAGCAGCUACCUUGAGAGAAGUUCACUGGAUUAAGCACCACAUAGCCCAUGCCUAGGUAUGUGCCCAAUAAAAUGAAAAUAUACAUCUAACAGAAGCUACACAGAUGCAGUAACAGUAUCAUUUAUACAAUCUAAAAGAGGGAACCCAAAUAUUCAUCAGCUGAUGAAUAGAUUCACAAAACUGGUUUGUCCUCAUAAUGGACGAUUAGUCAAUGAAAGAGAAUGAAGCGCUGAUUCAUGCACAACGUGAAUGAAUCUCAAUGUCCAGAACAGGCACGAUCAAACAAUAGCUGCAGGAGAUGAAAGGGGAGAGAAUAAGAGUACAGAACUUCCUUGUGUGGUCAUGGAAGAAGACACAGGUGAUGCUCACAACAUACGAAAUGUGCUAAAUGUCCCAAAACUGCUCACGCAGAAAUGGUUCAUCAUAUCUUGCAAAUCUCACCUAAGUUUUAAGAAACUUGGAGUGUGUACCAAAUAAGAGGGCAGAGGGGGGCUGGAGAGAUGGCGCAGCGAGUAAAAAGUUUGCUCUGUGAGCAUGAAGACCUGGAUUCGAUUCCCAGAACCCAUGCAAUGCAGGGCCAGGUUAGUGCUUGACUAGUUCCAGUGCCUCUAAAGAAACAGGAGAGGCCCUGGAAGCUCACAGGCCAGCUAGCCUGGUGUACACAACAGCUAACAAAUCGACCCUGCCUCCGGGGGGAACUAGAGAACAAUACCUGAGA